AUGUCCCAAACGACCGGAAUACCGGUCUACAACUUUCCCACCGACACCGGCUACCGCCUACUCGAACUUCGCCCCGACCUUCUGUCCAUCCUCGAGUCGCCUGAGGCGCCGCCAUCACUCAAGCUCGAGACAGGCGACGAUUCGGCUCUCCUAAAAGCGGGCGGAAAAACCUGGGCGCUUAGGCAAAAGAACACGUCCAACGCGCUCAUACUGAUGCGGCCGCACGGGGACAACGGGCUGGCUGCCAUGUCCACCGUGCACGAAAUCGUGGAAUUGGACGCGGUUAAGGAGGACAAGCCAGAAGGGCAAGCUGCGCCUCUGUCAGCCAAGGGCAAAUGGCACGAGAAGUUUGGCAAGAAAAGAUGA